GAAAAAUGGCACGUUACUGCAGUCUGUGGCCGUUCGCAUUGCUCCUGGCGAUCCACAUUUGCCGCGCCGAAAAGCCCUACAGCGUCGAUCUGAAUUCCUUCGAUCAGAACAAGGACUACGAGAGCGAUGGCAAGUGGGUCGAUUGGGGCACGCUGCGCAUGAAGAAGGUGUCACGCAACAAGUUCGCCCUCGCCGGCGACUUUGAGUUCAAGUUGAACAUGGGCGACGAGCAAGGGAUAAUGCUGCGGGUGUUUGCCUACGACUCGAAUGCCGGCCAAAAGGGUCCCCUGGUGAUGAACAUGAAGAAGCCGUUCUGCAAGUUUGUCAACGAGGACGAGAAAACCUAUCCGUAUCUGCAGAAGGCCUCCAACAUGCCAGAACAGGGGGACUGUCCCUUCCCCAAGGGCCAGUACAAGAUCGAUAAUUAUGAGCUGGAGACCGAAUUCCUGCCGGACGAUGCCCCCAAGGGGGAUUACCUGCUCGAGUUCACCAUCCUGGACAAGGAUGUCGGCGUGGCCGGCCUCAUUGGCAUUGUCACGCUGACCUAAUGCGACACUCCCUCCAUUUUUUCGCCAUUUCCUCGUCUCUUAGUUGUGUGUUUUUUUUUAUAUUUUUGGUUUUU